CUCAGGCUUUCGUGGGCGGGGAAAAGGCGACAGGUCAGGGCGCCCUCGCGGAAGUGGAGGCGCGGGCGUCACUUCCUGCCUUUCUCUAAGACUCCAGCGGGUGCACGUGUGGCCCUGCGAGUAAUUUUUGUUCUUACCGCUGCCUUGUGCCAGGCCGCGUUACCAUGAGCUUGCCCCUGAACCCCAAGCCCUUCCUGAACGGGCUGACGGGGAAGCCGGUGAUGGUGAAGCUGAAGUGGGGGAUGGAGUACAAGGGCUACCUGGUGUCUGUUGACGGCUACAUGAACAUGCAGCUUGCAAACACAGAAGAAUACAUAGAUGGUGCAUUGUCAGGUCACCUUGGUGAAGUUUUGAUAAGAUGUAACAAUGUCCUGUACAUCAGAGGAGUAGAAGAAGAAGAAGAAGAUGGAGAAAUGAGAGAAUAAGUUUGUAUAUUUCUGGAAAAUAAAGAUCAGUUUUUC